AUGCAUAGUUCCGUGCGCUCAAACCAUUUGAUGGAACAGCUCGACCAUGCCGAAACGGGCAACACUUUGACCAGUUCAAUGAAGGUCUACAUUUCAGUUGUUGGCUCUUUCUCCACACUCAUCCGAGUGCAUCAGUCUUCCGGUUGGAUGGGUGAACUGAUGACGCUAAUGGUGGAAUGGUGUUUGCCUCUGAAUACGGGUGGGAGUGUUGGUGUGCUCACCUAUUUUUUGCUCACCGGUGUUUCACCCUUUCUGGCUGAGGAGAAGGAAAUUACGAUGCAAAAUGUCACUCACGGCACGAUCCGAUUUCCUGAAGAGUUAUUUGCCACACGAUCACCUGAAGCCAUCCACUUUGUUCAAUCAUUAUUGAUUCGCAAGCCAAGUGUCCGCCUCACCGCAGAUCAAUGUCUACAACACCCCUGGCUUCGGAGUGUGCGUGAUUCAGCAAUCGAUUUGGCAUCCAUUUCGUCUUGUUCAGAAGUAGAGAAUUUUGCCAGUUUCACCGAUGAUUCGGCUCACUUUUCGGGUAACCAGUCGGAUACUGAACUAAAACCAAUGGAAUGUUCAGGAUACACAGAAGACGACUGCUCCCUAGUCCCUUACCAUCGGUCUAGUGAAAACUGUUCCACCCAGAUAACUCCUUGGUCUUUUGUAAACAAAGGCACUUUUGCGAGUGUGACUGUUCAUGUGAACCAUUCUCAUCCGACCACUUCUGUAAAUUUUCAUCGCUUGUCCUCAUUUACUCCAAUCGAAAUGAACUACAUACGCAUCAACCAACUUCGAUCAAUGUUUCAGGGGAAAAAUCUGAACCCCGUGUUAUUGCAUUUGCCAAUCAUGAGUCUGGAUAACAUAGAACAGACCAAACCACACUGUGAGAAACGACUACCCGCAUUAUCUGUGGGGUCGCGUGCAAUUGUGAACGUUGAUGGAUCACAAGUCAAGCAUUUCGCGGGACAGACUGAUAAGCCGUCGGUUUUACCAAACCAGUCCACAGACUCACAUGUAAAUAGUAAAGAUGCAACUUAUUGUGUGGAGAUUCAGGUGAACAUUGCCCCUCCAACUGCACAGAAUUUAGCUUUGGCUACCGAGCAUGCUUGUUCUGCUCUGAUCUACAUGCCUGGGUCAAAUUCGUCCAUCCUGGGUCGGAAAUCUUACUCCGUUUUUCGCGGUCUGGACAACGGGACACGACCAUUGCGAACAAAUUGGGCUCUGCUAAACAACAAUCGCAUGAGUGCCUCGUUGGAUUCGAUCUAUAUGGCUUCCGUGACAUCCCUCUUAUCCUUUCCCCACACGUCUGUUGCCAGUUCGAAAUCUCACCAUCGCAAGUUGAUUCGCACAGGCCUGGGCUGGACUGAUGUGAAUGAACAGAACCGGGCAAAACGAAAAUCGGAGCACCAUUUACUCCGGCUACCUUCAGUGCCGUGUUUACGUAAUUUGACGGACUCACCAGUCAACUACAGUAUGACAUUUUCUCACGUCGUCCGAUCUCUACGUGACACACUGAGUCGAGCAGCCCGUUUUGUUUCUUCUCCUUCCAUUUGGUCGUUUUCCGGUCUGCACAAACCUCGUAAUACGCGGGCCUAA